GGAUAUAAUAAUUUGCAAACAACCAAUGACCAGGGAGGGCUAGAUACCGACUCUUACCAGGAUAAGAUGGCAGUGCGUCCUGACUUUUUAAACAUUCACAGAAGGAGUGGAUCCAGAUCUAAGCCAAAGGAGGUAGAGGGUGUUCCUAAGUGUACUCCGAAUCCAUGUAAAAACAAUGGAUUUUGUAGGCCACAUGAUACGUGUAUCUGUCCAGCGGAGUAUACCGGGACUCUCUGUGAUGACCUUGUACUAUCAAGAUGUGGAUUUGAGAAAGACAUGUGUAUAUCCGCUGAAAACUUUAAAAGAACCAAUUCCUACUCCGGCAUUCCGGCUCCUUCAAAAGGACAGUACUACGCCUUGGCCACUGGCUCAGCAAUAAUGGCAGCAAAUUUAACAGUUCAGGUGAAAUCCCUUCGCAUUGACUUUGAUUGUGUUACAAGUGGGAGUGGAGGCCUCAACCUUGUUAUAGGCCACAUCCCUAAAAGUGGAUUAAUAACUACCAAUGGAAAGUGGAAGUCUUAUAGCUUCGACUUACCAGCUAUACAAAACAUGGAGUAUUCUCUCGCUGCUACAUUUGGAAAGACGGGCCCAGGUGCUGUGGCUAUUGACAAUGUAAAAUUCAUUGAACCAAAAGAAAAUUAAAGUAGUAGUAGUACUUGCUGGUUUUUUUAAGUUAUUAUUAUUUUCAAAAAUUGCUAAUAAUAAAAGAUGGUGAUUUUGA